CUCGUGCGACGGGAUACGCGAGUCGGAUGGUCGGUCUGGCUGCGGACGAGAGCGCUGAGCUGUUGUGUACUGAUAGUAAUAUUAAUGUCUGACUGGGAGGAGGAGUACGAGGCCGAUGGCGCUCCCCCCAAAACGGCACCCGGCCGGAGCUCCACGCUCCCUGGGCCGGGCAGCGGCUCCUUCUCGGCGGCCGCCGGGACCGUUUCCAAGGCGGGCUGGAGAGUCGGGAGGCCGGAGCCGCGGGCAGCGCUGCGCUUCUCGGUGGACAGAGCGGCGGUCGGGGCGGUUAUCGGCCGUGGAGGGGCGACUGUCCGGGAGCUCGAGGCGAACAGCGGGGCGCGAAUUAAGGUCAGCCGUGGAGAGUACGGAGGGGAGGUUCGGGUGUAUGGCACCGAGGACGUUCAGAAGAGGGCCAGGGAAAUGAUCGAGGCUUUAAUUUCCCGGAGCGCGGGAGACGAGCGUGACCGCCGCAUCCCCAGACCCAGGUCUGGAGGUGAAGAGUGGGAUUCCUGCUGGCCCUCGACAGCCUUACAGAGCCCCACCCAGCCUGCCCCACCUCCCAUUGACUGGGCUUCCAUCCGCAGAAACCUCCACACGUACGAAGCCAUCAAGUGGAAGGGUCUCCCUCUGAUAAAAAAGGACUUUUAUGUGGAGGAUGAGUGUGUUGCUGCUUGUAGUGCUGAAGAGGUGAAGAACUGGAGGAAGGAGAACAACAACAUCUUUGUGGAUGACCUACGGGAGCAGACCAAACGGCCUAUUCCCAACCCGGUGCGCACAUUUAAAGAAGCCUUCAGAGCCUUCCCUGGCAUUGUGGAAAACAUCUUGCAGGUUGGCUUUGCCAAACCCACGCCCAUCCAGUCCCAGGCAUGGCCCAUUCUGCUGAAGGGCUUUGACCUCAUUGGGAUUGCGCAGACCGGUACCGGAAAGACCUUGGCCUACCUCCUGCCUGGCUUCAUCCAUAUGGACCAGCAGCCUGUGCCUCGAGAGAAGCAGGGUGGACCUGGCAUGCUGGUUCUCACCCCUACUCGUGAGCUUGCCCUACAGAUUGAGGAAGAGUGCAACAAGUACAGAUUCAAGGGCUUUAAGAGUGUCUGCAUCUAUGGGGGAGGGGACCGUAAAGCACAGAUCAACAGGGUGACCCGUGGUGUGGACGUGGUCAUUGCCACUCCGGGCCGGCUUAACGACCUGCAGAUGAAUGAACACCUGAGCCUGCGCUUUGUAACGUACCUGGUCCUGGAUGAGGCCGACCGCAUGCUGGAUAUGGGCUUCGAACCGCAAAUCAUGAAGAUUCUCCUGGACAUCCGGCCGGACAGACAGACCGUCAUGACGAGCGCCACCUGGCCCCCAGCAGUUCGACGUCUGGCAAAGUCCUACCUGAAAGAUGCGAUGAUGGUUUAUGUUGGCACCCUGGACCUGGCGGCUGUGACUACAGUGCAGCAGGCAGUCCUUGUAGUCCAUGAGGAGGAGAAAAAGUCCUACCUGUUUGACUUUAUCCAGAACAUGGAGCCUGAAGACAAAGUUCUUGUCUUUGUGGGCAGGAAGAUCGUAGUGGACGACCUGUCCAGUGACCUGUGUCUGCAGGGCGUCCCGGUGCAGUCGCUGCAUGGAGACCGCGAGCAGAGUGACCGCGAGGAGGCACUACAGGACUUCAGAGACGGUCACGUGCGGAUCCUCAUUGCCACCGACUUGGCGUCUCGGGGCCUCGAUGUGCACGAUGUCACUCAUGUGUUCAACUACGAUUUUCCCCGCAAUGUUGAGGAGUACGUGCACCGUGUAGGGCGGACAGGACGGGCCGGGCGCUCCGGCUGCUCUGUGACCCUGGUGAGCAGGAGCGACUGGAAACAUGCGUCUGAGCUCAUCGACAUCCUGGAGAGAGCCGGACAGCCGGUGCCCGAGGACCUGCUGUUCAUGGCCGAGCGCUACAGAAAACACCAGAUGGAGCGUGAGGGGGAUGUAGCCCCGUGCUUGGGAUGGGGUGCCAGAAGGAGCAGGCCCCUGCGGGCUGCCAGAGGGCAUGCCGGCCGUAACGGAAACUCUUCCUGCAGCUUCUGAUGCAUCUGCACACACCUGCGCCAUCUCACAGAGAGAAGAGACCAUCCAGAGGGUCACCUGUUGGCAUUCCCUCAUUCCUCUUUCAAAUAAACAUUGUUUUCUCUUGUGCUGGAAAUGAAUUCCCACAUACUGAGGUUGAGUCGGUUUGGAGAUGGGAGGUAACUGACACAGGACAUGGUGGAUAUUCCACUUCCUGCUUCCACAAAUUCAAACAUCCCUUUUUUUUUUUUCCCUCCCUUUGUUCACGCUAUUGAACUGUUAAAGGGAUAAGUGUGUUGCGAUGGAGAAAAUAAACCUACAGAUCUUUUAUGGUGAUGUUUUAAUUACAU